UCCCCCAAUCUCAUGCAAUUGCACUUAUUUUGAAGACGUCUUUCUCUUUCAGAGUCAGUUUAUUACUUGCUUUUGUGAUUCUUUUUUUACUCAUUGAUACAACUGUAAUCCAAUAUGUUGUUACGCGUACGCUCGAAAGAAGGCAUGCACCGCAUUCAGGUGGAACCUCAGGACACCUUUGCGUCGUUUGCUGAAAAAAUUGCUAAAGUACUAAACAUGACGGAUGUAUCGACGUUGGCCAUGAGUGACCAACCCAAUACCUCAAAUGCCACUUCUAUUAUGCAACUAGCGAACCAAUCCUUGGCAUCUGCCAAUCUCAAACAUGGUGAUAUUGUCUACAUUACGUAUGUUGAACCUGUCCAGGAGCAGGAACCGGUCAAGACCACGCAAGAAGAACGAAAACCACAGACAACGACAUCGGGAUAUAUCCCCAUCGAGGAACUGUCCAAUAUCAAGCAAGAUGCCGUGGACGAUUUUCUCGAAAAGCAACGUGGACUGAUUCAACGAUCAAAAGAUACUAAAUUCUGUCGACACGGAAGUAAUGCCAUGUGCGAUUAUUGUAUGCCACUGGAGCCGUACGAUCAAGGGUAUCUUGAGGAAAACAAAAUCAAGCACAUGUCGUUUCAUGCGUAUCUUCGUCAAAUCAAUUCCGCGCAACAAACAAAAGCUCCUUCCAGUGCGAUCGUAAAACAGCUGCCUCCGCUGGAAGAGCCCAAUUACAAAGUCAAGGUCCCCUGUACGGGCGGCCAUGCGCCUUGGCCCGAAGGUAUUUGCACCAAAUGUCAGCCCAGCGCCAUUACACUGCAAAGACAGACUUAUCGAGCCGUGGAUCACGUCGAAUUUUCAUCGGCGGCACUCAUCGACAAUUUCAUCCACUACUGGCGUGAAUCGGGAUGUCAACGGUUUGGAUACAUGUAUGGACGUUAUGAACCGUAUUUAGACGUGCCUCUGGGAAUCAAGGCGGUAGUGGAAGCCAUUUACGAACCACCGCAGGAGACCCAUGUGGAUGGUCUGAAACUGGACAUUCCUUGGGCCGAGGAAAAAUUGGUGAAUCAAGUCGCGGAAGCUUGUGGACUGGUGAAAAUUGGCAUGAUUUUCACGGAUUUAACGGACGAUGGGACUGGCAAAGGCACAGUGUACGCGAAGCGCCAUGUGGAUUCGUACUUUUUAUCUUCGCUUGAAUGUUGUUUUGCGGCCGAAAUGCAACGUCGUCAUCCCAACUAUUCUCGUCACUCGGCUACCGGGAAAUACAGCUCCAAGUUUGUUACCUGUGUUGUUUCCGGCGACGUGGAAGGCAAUAUUGAUGUCACAGCAUACCAAGUCUCGGAUACCAUGACGGCCAUGCAUGAAGCUGGCAUCGUGGAACCUAGUCGCAAACCGUCGGUCAUGCGCGUCAAAGAAAGUAUUCCUCACGAACGUUAUGUGCCCGAGGUAUUCUACAAAUUCAAAAACGAGUACAACGUCAUGGUGAAAGAACCUGCCAAGCCGACCUUUCCCGUGGAGUAUCUGUUGGUCAAUGUAACGAAUGGUUUCCCGCAAAACCCCAAUGUUCUUUUCAAAUCGACGGCAGGCUACGUGGUGGAAAACCGACCUGGUGUAGCCCAUCAGGAUAUGGGCACGCUCAGCAAUCAUUUAUUGCAUGUUCAAAGCUCAUCGGAACUGAAGCAGGUGCUGUCUGAUUUCCAUUUGUUAUGCUCGAUUCGAUCGACCGAGAUCUUGGGGCUGGCGGAAUUUAAAAAAUUAUGCGAGAUUGCAACCCAGCCUAAUCAAAGUGCGGAUGAAUUGGAGCACAUGGAGGGUUGGAAUACACUGAUCAUGGUUCUGAAAACCGCAGAGGGUAAUGCUCGUGCCAAUACACCUGCUGCCGCGACAUCCAGUGCUGGCCCUAGCACCAGCACACCGGCCGUUUCAGCCACCCCAGUGGAGAAAUCAUGUAGACAUUGUACAUUUGCCAAUCCUGGCACAAACGUCAACUGCGAAAUGUGUGGUUUACCACUGGAUGAAUGAAAACCAUGACCGUGCUGUCAUUUUGUUUUGUCUCUGUUCUUUUUUUUAUCAGGUUUCUGUUUUGCACAAUGAUCUUGAGAAUAUGUUAUCAGGAGAUCCAUAAGUAGGAGUUGUUGUUUAUUUUCAGAGAUACUUGGUUAUCUAAUAUUACGUAUGUAUGUAUGUGGAAUAACGUCUUGUGUUGAAGAAAAAAAUUAGAGAAAUGGGACGCAGCGAUAUUUGGUUGCAUGACAGGGAGUGGCGAAGAUCUAAUCUGGGAGUGGAACCGAAAAAAAAAUAAAAAAGAUGACCGAAGGAAUGGGUUGGAAGUGAAAAAAAAUCCUUCAGGAGAUGCCCUAUUUCUGAUUAAGAUGUCACCUAGAUUGUUAACAAAUGAG